AUGGGCAAUGUAGCUGUGGACUUAGAGGAUGAGUCAUCUUCCCAUGUCAGGGAGGAUAGCUCUGAGGAGAAUGAUGGUGAUGUUACCAUGUCUUCAAAUAAUUUGCUCAUUCCUUCCCCUUCUCCCUCUUCUGAUACAAAUGCUGAAGAUGAGCAGAAUGAUGGUGACUCUUUGUCAAGUUUGUCAAGCAGUGGAAUUCCUGAAGAACAAAGAUUUGCUGUGGUAAUUUGUAAGAAUCUUUGUUUGUGA